UCUGAUUCUACUAUAAAAGAUGAAGAUAUUCUUUAUUUCUUAUUUAUUAAUUAUAAUUAUUGUAUAUUAAAUUAUAAGAAUAAUAAAAAAUUAAAACUAUUUCUCUUACAGAUUCUUGAAAUAUUUGAAUCAUUAAUAUGUUAUAUGAAUAUAUAUGAAUAUAUAUGUGCAUUUUUAUUAUUUCUUAUAUCUUAUAUUGAGAGAAGACCAAUCGAAUAUUUGUAUCUGUCAGAAAUUUUUGAUGUUAUAUAUGAUGAGGAAUAUAUGAGAGCAUAUUCGAAGGGCAACCAAAAUAAUAAUAUUAAUUGUAAUAAUAUUAAUGUUGAUAAUAUUAAUUGUAAUAAGAAUGUAACGAAUCAGUUUAAACAAUGUGGAAACAAAAAAGAAAUUAUAAAAAAUACAAAAAAUUUAGAGUGUGAUUCAGUUUGUUUUAAUUCUAAUGAAAAUCAUUUAUUAAAAGAUAAUAUAAAAAAAAAAAAGAAAAAAAAAAAAUUGGAAGAAAGCUUAAAUGUGAAUAAUAUAUUAUUUAAUAAUAUCAAAAUAAAUGAAUAUGAUUAUAUAGAAAAAAAAGUAUUACAUUAUAUGUCUAUUAUAAAAGAAACUCGAAAUAAUGAUGAUAAGAAUCAUAUUUUGGAUUUACGUUAUAAUAUAUUUUAUAAAAAUAAGAUGAUAAUAAAAAUAUUUUUAGAAAUUAUUGAAAAAAUAAAAUUAUUUUUAUGUUGUAAUGUUUUUGAUUAUUUGUAUGAAAAUAAAAGAACCUAUGAAAAAUAUAUAAGUUUGCUUUCUUCAUAUUUUUAUAAAUUUUAUUUUGUAUUAAUGAAUGAAGAGAUAUAUUACAAUAAGAACAAAAAUAAUAAGAAGAAUUGUAGUAUAUAUAAAGAUAUACAAAGUGAUAUGAACCUUAUAGAUGCUAAUAGAAGGAUUAAGAAAGACAACCAAAAGGAUAAUCAUCAUAAUAAUGAACAGAUGUGUUCAUUUUAUAAAAGUAUUAUGAUUAUAAAAAAUAAAGUCAUCGAAAUAACUCCUAUAUUGUCAAUAAAAUAUUUAAAUCAAUGUUAUUUGUAUAAUAUAUGCAAGCAUGAUAUAUUGUUUGGUUUGAAGGAUAAAAAUUGUAAGAUAAAUAAUAAAAAUAGCAAACAUAUAAAUAAUAAUAUUAAUAAUAAUAAUAUUAAUAGUAAUAAUAAUAUUAUAAAUAAUAAUAAUAUUAUUAAUAAUGGUCAUAAUAAUGGUGGAGGCCAUGUCCACUUUGAUUGUUUUAAUUUUUUAAGUGAGGAGAAUUUAAAAA